ACUUCGUGGAUGUCCGACAGCCGGUCGCGUCCCACAAAAACCGAAGGGGGAUGAAUUUGUGGAUUUAUGACUCCGUUGAAAACACGGGAACCUCCGAAACCGCUUGCGCCCUCGAUCUGAACCGGCUUCCGGCGUGUAGCCGAGACCCCCGAAUAGCAAAAAACUGUCAUUUGUUCUGGUGCGCAACGGUGCCCCUCGUUUAUAGUGUGUCACCGUGAGAUUUCCGAUCUAGCUUUCACAGAUCCUGGGUAGUUUUAUAUACCAGUUUUAUUUUGUGAAUGUCCCAGAUCAGUUAAUGAAAGACGCCAUUGUGGAGUAAUUUUGCCAAGGGGGAUUUGCCUUAUUUUGUUAGACAGGAGGUACCUAUUCCAAGUGCGUCAAUGCUGAUCACAUGAAUCACCCCUUUGUACUUGCCGUCUUUUGUAACGUGAGCCUUUUCUUUGUAAACCUGGAGGGAAAAAAAAACGCUUUCUGUUGCCUGGGAAGGAGAAUACGGUCUCUGGUGGGCUGACCCAAGCCAGCAGUGCAAUGAUUUCCAAUAGCUGCAAACAAUUUGAAAUAGCGCAGGUCUCUGCCGUCGCUGCUAUUUGUUUUACACUCCCGUAAAAACAAAGGCAGAAGUCCGUGCUUUUCUACAAAUUCGACUCCCCUGAAAGUUAGAUGGGGCAGUGCGAGGUCUCUCUUCAGCUACAAAAAAAAUGUGGGACCUUAUCACGAAAUCAGACCGUAGCGAGACGACGAAGUAAUUAACAUUACGUCGUUUCAGUGUUGCUGGGAUUUACACGUUUAUAUAUACUUUGCACUUAGUUUAUGCCGAAAUUCAAUAACGCGACGUUGGGAGAAAAAGUGUAAAUGGAGAAAUGACCGAGUCGUAAGAAACACUACCGCCAUUGUGUGGUCAGUGGAGCUAACUUUGACUUUUGGCUUGGUGAGCAGAGUUAUUAUCCUCAAAUUGCAUUACAAAUUAUGUUAAUUGUGGCAAAUAUGCAAUCGGAAACGACCGAGUGGCUUGAGGUUUUUUUGCGUUUUGCUUGUGUUAAACCAGAUUGUACCGUUGUAUGAAAAUAAUUUAUUAAUAGUUCCAUUGCCUUUACGUUCAUAAAACUAGCUUGGAGUAGCCUAUGUCUUUCUUAAAUCGUGUGCAGUGCAUCACUUUAAUGAUAUUUCUCGGUAGCAAGGUAUUUACGUAAUUACAGUGUAGGUUAAUCAAUCUCAGAGUAAGUCACAAAAGUAUACUUUGUAUGUCUGUGUAAUAACUGCACACAUUAUGCCGACACUGAGGUUUUUGAGUAUUUUUUUUCAUGUGCAUCGACAUUGCGCAGGGCUACACGCUAGAGGGCGCUGUUGUGGUAUACCCGGAAUACCUCCCUCCCACCACGGAUGUCCACAAGUAACUAAAUUUAGUUUAGAAAUGUUCCCACUGAGAAGAACGGCCUGAAAAUACAUGGAUGAAUAGAUAUGUUUCCGUUAAGAUGACGAAAAAUUAUGCUACAUCGGAUCUUCAACUGCUAACCAUGGCAAACAAACUUCGGAGAGCUCUCAUCGAUUUUAAGGGUCUAAAUAUUACAUUUGAAUGGUUGUGAUUAUCGUGUAUUAGCAUUGAGGGAAAUCGUUCGGAUUACGAUGAACUUGGCGGGGUUACAAUGUCAGUAGUCCCUUGAAGUUUCAAAGACAUUCUGGUUUGUCAGAGCCGAACAUUUAAUAGCUUUUAACUUUUGAUUUUGAGAAAGAUCUCCCUGUCACUGAUUUAGAGGCAAAGUCAUGAGUUGUGGUCGUUGAAAGCCUGGCACAUUGUACAUUUUUCCGUUAGGAACUGAUAGAAAUAUCUGGUCAACUGACUCACCCUUACUUCAAUAGAUAAAUGAAGGGUCCAGGUUGAACGAAAACCAGCUUGGAUAGAUGUUAUACAUGAUCAGAAUUAAUAGAGUAGAUUCCUCUAUAGAAAGUGGGUCGACCUUGAUCAGCUCAUCAUCCUGACUGAUCAGUAGAGAUGGAAACUAAGCAUAGUGCCAAAAUGCACCGUGAUGUGACGGGGAUGUGGGGCAACCGACUUUAUAAGGGAAUGUGUAGUAAUUAGUAGGGGUGUUUCACGUUAGAUUUGCGGAGUAUUUCCGUUAUUUGUAGUAAUGUAACUGCUUUUCGUUCACUUAAACAAUAAACUCGUGCUACAUUUGCAAGGUGGUGCCGAGUUAUUUGCUUUGCAUUUAGUGUUUCUGAAAGCGUUAUACUUCUAGUUCUGUAAGAGACAUUCUGCAUUAGACUUUCCCUGCCAAAUUAGGAUGGUUUACAGGUAUGGAUCUCGUUAGUUUCUAACUGAUGAGUAAAAUGGAAGAUUACACUUUUAAAAGUACACCAUAAUUGGGAAUAAGAUGUACUGAGGAGGCCGUCGCACCGUACUGAGAGUAACAGAACAUAUUCUGAUUAUUAAUAACUGUUCUAUUUAGGCAAAAGUGUAUCCAAACGCAAAGUUAUGAAUGAUGACAGGUUCCCUCCACCCGAAUCUAAAUGCACCGAUUUCUGCAGCAUGGCUAUUGUUUUGUUUUGUAAGGUGGACGGGUCUCUUUAUACUCGCGUAGCCGUUCAGCAAGUCAUCUCUCAUCGACCCUGGAAGCCCUUUGUACCGGUACCUGGAUGACCCGCCUUCCCAGUCGUGCUUCAGAUACGACUAAAGACACGGAGCUGAAGAGCACAAAAGCUGCGUCUGGGAAAGCUGGAGAGACGGGGUGCGAAGCGCAGCUGUGCAGAUCGACACACCCCAUAAGCGCCGGGAUGCGCCCCCGGUGCGUUACACGCAACACCGGGUCUGGGCAAAGUGCGCUCUGAAAACUGAAUGCAUUCUGAGCGAGAGGGAGGGCGAAUCAGCCGGAGCCGGUGAAGGACUUCACACUUCAUUAAGUUACAUAUACUUAUAUAGGCUAAGAGCGCGGGGAUCCUUCAGCGCAUCCAGGUCAGCGUCGCGGGGUAAAAAGUUGGGUAGUAAUGGGGACUCCUUCUGCAUGUGAGAUCCCCGAACAGACGCCAGAUUUGUGAAAUACGUCUACCGCAGUCAUCCCAGAAAAGCAUUUUCUCCCGAAGACCACCGCAGUAGAAGCUUUGGGUACGAAAACAAAGCGACGGCAUCGGGAUGCAGACGCUGGCGAGGGUCGCGAAGUUACCGAAAGCGUGCGCGGGACAGAGCCUGAGCGGAGGGCUCUCAUGCCCCGAGCCUGGCUUGCCUCCUGCGCACAUAUCCCCGCAAAUGGGUGCCAGAGCCCCGGAUCGUUUCCAGCCGCACCGAGUAGGGGAUGGCGCGGAAAGCGCACGCCGGAAAGCACCGAGGCGGCCGCGGCAGAUGCACGCCGCCACGUCGUACGGAGCCGGCUCUCCCGAGGAUCUCCGCGCGGGAUUGGCGGAGCCGGUCGCCGGUUCGAGACGGGAGGGUGGCGCCGCGGCUCCACACAAGGCUGACGGACGGUCCGCCUAUAAGUCGCCGACUUCUGUGCCCCAAACGCAGGACAACCGGACCAACAUGUCACGUCCCAUGAUAACCAGGUCACCGGCCUCGCCCCUCAGCAGCCAGGGAAUCCCCACACCAGCUCAGCUCACCAAGUCCAACGCACCCGUGCACAUCGAUGUUGGCGGUCACAUGUACACCAGCAGUCUGGCCACCCUCACCAAGUACCCCGAGUCCAGGAUCGGCCGGCUCUUCGACGGCACGGAGCCCAUCGUGCUGGACAGCCUCAAACAGCACUACUUCAUCGACAGGGACGGACACAUGUUCCGGUAUAUUCUGAACUUCCUCAGGACUUCUAAGCUCCUUAUUCCUGACGACUUCAAGGACUACAGCCUGCUGUACGAGGAGGCCCGCUACUUUCAGCUGCAGCCGCUGCUGGCCGAGCUGGAGCGCUGGAAGCAGGAGCGGGAGCUGGGCUGGGCGUCGCGGCCCUGCGAGUGCCUGGUGGUGCGGGUGGCGCCGGACCUCGGCGAACGCAUCAGCCUGAGCGGCGACAAGGCGCUCAUCGAGGAGGUCUUCCCCGAGAUCGGCGACGUCAUGUGCAACUCGGUCAACGCCGGAUGGAACCACGACUCCACGCACGUCAUCCGCUUCCCGCUCAACGGCUACUGCCACCUCAACUCCGUCCAGGUGCUGGAGCGGCUGCAGCAGAGGGGGUUCGAGAUCGCCGGCUCCUGCGGCGGCGGCGUGGACUCGUCGCAGUUCAGCGAGUACGUCCUGAAGCGAGACACCAGGAGGGGACAGAGAGGGUCCGGCAUCAUCCGGAUAAAACAGGAAGAGCUGGACUAAGAUGGUGGUCUCUGUUCCAUCUCCGGGCCAAGAGACAUAUUUAACUGUGUCACCUUUAAUACGGCAUCUGGAGAACCCGUCAAAGGGAAAACAAAGAAGAUUUUUUUUAUUAGAAGAAAAAACCAAGUACUGAGCCCUGAGGAACAUUGUUGUCUGGCGGGAUCGCCGGGCCCAUUAUCCAGACCCAGGACUCCACUCCCAGGCUCCAGAAUAAAGUUUGUUUUAGAACUUUGAUGCUCUUAAUGCUCCUCAACUGAUACGAAGGGGUUCCGUUCUCCCCGCUGGUCGCCACCAUUUUCAGUACGCCGAUAAGUCCCACAGGCAGCUGGGAACACAGCUGACAUAUUCAAUGAUUUUGGAUAUUUUAUGUGCUUAGUCUAUAAUGCUGCUUUGUGUUUUUCUUUUUUUAAUUAAAACUUUUUGAAAUAUUAUAUCCUUUAUAUAUGUACAUGACCCGAAAUAGACAUGGUUAGACUAGUACAUUCCGUUUUAAUUUGUAUACAUUCGCAAAGGUUUUUUUUUUUUGUUUUUAUUUUUAAAAAUGCCAGAUGCACAUUGUGGUUUACUCAGUUACAAAAGUACAUAUGACACUUCUGGUAUAUAUACAUAUACCCACACUCACCGUGAACAGAAAGAAGGAUUACCUGCAUGCUGUGGUCUACAAAAGAAUAUGAGAAAAAUUGUGCUUUGUGGUAUAAUAAUUUCCGGGGCAGCAUACACAGUGCAGAGUGAAACCGUCUAUUAAAAUUAGCUGAGCAUUGCCAGUAAGUAUUGAUGGCAGUUCUGACAUAACAAGAGCACCUGAGCUGCCACCCCUGGCCUUCCCCCAGCAGCUGCGCAAGGAGACGGAUGUUUCUGGAGAACGAGAAGCUGAAAAUGGACGUCUGCCUUCGUUCAUUUAUCGUGCCAUUCUGCCGAAUUCCGGCUCCAUCCAAGCCCAUUAGUCUUCCUCCUCCAGUUCAUCACGGUUCCUCAGCCAAGAGCCGAUACAGCCAUGUGUGAUUUUCCUGCGGUCCCAGUUCGGGGCCGAGUGGGACACCGUGGUUGGGUAGGUCUCUGUGUGCUCUGGGGAUCCCAGCUCUCCCAGUCCGCAUCCCCUCUCAAACCGCCGAAAUGUGCUCUAGCGCUUCCUCUGAAAACUCAAAUUCCAUCAUUCGUUGUGUUUGUACUUUUUUAAAAUUAAAUAACCCAACAGUGGCACCUAUGAGA